AUGGGGUAUGCCAAUCCCACCCUGAGCCCAGAGCUCCGCUGCACCCCUGGGCAGUUUGCCUGUCGGAGUGGUACCAUCCAGUGCAUCCCUUCAAAUUGGCAGUGUGAUGGAUGGCCCACCUGCGAGGACGAGAGUGAUGAAGUUGACUGCCCAGGCUUGACAGGGGACCAGCGAACUUACCAUGGGAAGGAGAAUGUGGACUCCAGGCACAAUCGAGGGAGAGGAGGAGAGACAACCCGCUUCCACACUGUCAACGUGGCACAGCCUGUCCGAUUUAGCAGAAAGUGCCCAACAGGAUGGCACCACUAUGAGGGCACAGCCAGCUGUUACAGAGUGUAUUUAAAUGGGGAGAACUACUGGGAUGCUGUGCAGACAUGUCAGCGGGUGAACGGAUCCCUCGCCACCUUCACCGCAGACCAGGAGCUGAGGUUUAUCCUGGCACAGGAGUGGGACUUGGAAGAAAAAACAUUUGUAAGGAAGGACCAGCGUAGGUUCUGGGUUGGAUAUCAAUAUGUAAUCACCAAUCGAAAUCACUCUCUAGAAGGUCACUGGGAAGUAGCUUAUAAAGGCUCUUCAGAAGUAUUUUUACCCCCUGACCCUAUCUUUGGUACGGCUAUGUCUGAAAAUGAAAACGUUCUUUGUGCCCAGCUUCAGUGUUUCCAUUUUCCUACCCUUCGGCACCAUGGUUUACACAGCUGGUAUGCUGAAAACUGCUAUGAGAAAUCGUCAUUCCUCUGCAAAAGGAGCCAGACCUGCGUUGAUAUCAAAGACAACAUUGUAGAUGAAGGCUACUAUUUCACUCCAAAAGGGAAUGAUCCCUGUUUGAGCUGCACGUGUCACAACGGUGAACCCGAAAUGUGCGUGGCCGCUUUGUGCGAACGGCCCCAGGGGUGUCAGCAGUAUCGCAAAGACCCUAAGGAGUGCUGCAAAUUUACAUGUUUAGACCCAGAUGGCAACAGUUUGUUUGACUCGAUGGCGGGUGGAAUGCGUCUGAUAGUUAGCUGUAUUUCCUCCUUCCUCAUCCUCUCUCUGCUGCUUUUCAUGGUCCACCGGCUACGGCAGAGACGGAGAGAGCGCAUUGAGUCUUUGAUUGGAGCAAAUUUGCACCACUUUAACUUGGGCCGCAGGAUGCCUGGUUUUGAUUACGGCCCUGAUGGUUUUGGAACUGGCCUUACUCCACUGCAUCUUUCAGAUGAUGGGGAAGGUGGGGCUUUUCACUUCCAUGAUCCACCUCCACCCUAUACUGCUUACAAAUAUCCAGAUAUUCAACAUCCAGAUGACCCACCUCCUCCUUAUGAGGCUUCUGUCAAUCCAGACAGCAUCCUUUGUUCCACUCCAGAUGGAGUUCUUUCUCAGACUGUGCAAAGCAGUCCUCCCUCACUAGGAAACUGUGAUGUAUCCCCACAGCUUACAGAGGGGUCGCUUCCUCCCUCAGUUGGUCCUUCUCCAGUGGAGCUGGAAGACUCUGCUGACAGCAGCACCUUUCUUGUCCCUCCUGACACGCCGCUAAACGAAAACACGCCGGCAGAAACUCUUACGGGCAGCCGUCACAGCCACUGUUCUCUCAAUACCAUCGUAUAA